CGCAUGACAUUAUUAUUACACUUUUCUUUUACAUUUUUCAUACAAUAAAUACAUAAUUAAAAAUCCUGCUUUAACUUAAUUAUAACCGUAUAUAUAAUCCCUACUAGUCUUCCUAAUCUCAUUGACACCUUCACCUCCAAAAUAAAUUCUCUCUUUGAUCAACCAUGGAAGAUGAUGAAGAUGUUUGUAACACAAGACUUGAUUUGGGAAUCGGAUUAAGUGACUUCGUGCCGAAAAGGGAUCGUGAACGGAAGAAUAAGAGCGUGUUCUGUCUUGAUCUUUCGGUCCCACUUCAUUCGAGUGAUCAUGCAAUUGAGGGUUCGGGUUCUGGUUCUGGUUCGAGUAAUUUGAAAGUCAAUUAUGAAGAUGACAAAGAAGCAAGCAAAGACACGGUUUCCAACGAGUAUGAAGACACAAACUAUGGCAGAAAAAAAUUGAGGCUUAGUAAAGAACAAAUCAUCCUGCUUGAAGACACUUUCAAACGCCAUACUACCCUUAAUAUGGUUCAAAAACAGACUCUUUCAGUAAGGUUGAAUCUGAAACCAAGACAAGUAGAAGUUUGGUUUCAAAACAGAAGAGCAAGGAUGAAACUGAAGCAAACCGAGAUGGACUAUGAAUUCUUGAAGAAACACUGCGAAAGAUUAAACGAAGAAAAUAGGAGAUUGAAUAAAGAGUUGGUGGAGCUACAGUCAGCCGUGAAGGUGGAACAAACACCGCCAAAGCCGCCGUUUGUCAUUCAGAUACCUAAGACGGCGAUUGCGACACUUACAAUCUGUCCAUCGUGCGAGAAAAUUGGCAAGAAUAGGGGCGGCGGAAAGGAGGCGGCGGCCGCGGACGUAAUGGAGGUGGUCCAUAUACCUAAACAAAAGCAUAAUGGCUUGAAAUUAAUGAUUUAAAUAGACAUUUAUAGCUCAUCAAUAAUUUUCUGGAUGAAAAUUUCAAAGGAGGUCACUUGAUUUUACAAAUCUAUCCUCUGUUGGUGCUCAACUUCAAUUUGUUUUAAUUCGAUUGCUUAACUUUAUUCUUUUGUUUUAA